CCGCUGCUGCUGCUGCUGCUUCCAUUUCCCCUUUCCCUUCCCCAUCUUUGCACUAAAGAAGAACGGCUGCAUCCAGGCCAGCUGCUGGCGAUUCCACCCACCACAGGAGAAGAAGGGAAGGCAGCCAGAGCCAGUUCAAGUUGGCACUCCCACCGUCGACCCAUCGAUUGGAUUCCUGAUCCAUCCCAGCCUACAGUCGAUCCUUCCGCUGUUUCCUCUGAAGUAUGAUCUAUAAACAACUGAGGAGGGUACGAAGGAAAUAGUGACAUAAAGCUUGAUUCGGCCAAAGAUCAAUUGUUGGCUCACAAUGGCUCAGCAGACGGCUUCACCGUUGAAUGAUUCAGCAGUUCUUGACGCCAAACCCUUGCGUAUGUUGACCCCCAUGUUCCCUGCCCCACUAGGGCUUCACACAUUCACCCCUCAAAACUCACCGUCAGUUGUCUGUGUGACCCCAUUUGGACCGUAUGCUGGAGGCACUGGAUUAGGGAUGGCUGCUGGUGUUCCUUCAAUGUUUGCAGCACCAGCUCCUCCUACAGAUCCCAGGGGAGAGCCUGAUAGAGUUAAUACAAAUGGAGCUGCUCAUGCUAAUGGAGCUGCAACCAACAGUUUGGCCACUCCUUCCUUACAAACUCCUCUAUCAGCUGGGACACCAGAAUCCAGUAAAACGAAGAGGGGCAGACCCAAGCGUGUGUCAGAUAAUAUGGUUCCUUCAGCUACUUCAACUCCUCUGGCUCCCACGGUUUCUCCAAUUCCUUCACUUCCUAAAGUUCCUUCACCUCCUCAAGAAAAUAAUAAUGUUGUUUCCCCGACACCUUCUUCAGCCACCCCACAGGAAUCUGGCAAGAGGAAGAGGGGAUGGCCCAAGCGUGUGCAAGACAUUCAUGUCCUGGCAACUCCUUUAGCUCCUCAAGCUGAUAAUACACCUGUUCUUGAGACGCCUCCUGCACCCACUGUACAUGAAUCCGGUACAAGGAAAAGGGGACGUCCCAAACAUUUACAGGAUAGUUUGGAUACUUCAACACUUUCAAUUCACUCAAAAGAUAGCAAGCCCACUUCCCAGACACCUGCGACCACCUCACCUGAAUUUGGUAAAAGGAAGAGGGGACGUCCAAGGCAUGUGUCCGAUGGUUCAGCAGCCCCAAAUCAUUCAGGUUUCUCAACUGUUGAUGCAGCAAAACGUGGACAGCCUAGGAAAAUUGAUACCAAUCUGUUGCAGCUUCCAACUUUGUCUUCAGAUGAUCCUAGGGAAUCUGCAGAUAAUGUACUCAUGAUGUUUGACGCACUGCGGCGGAGGCUUAUACAGCUGGAUGAGGUGAAGCAAGCUGCAAAGCAGCAGCAUAACUUGAAGGCUGGGAGCAUCAUGACUAAUGCUGAACUUCGUGUCAAUAAGAACAAGCAGAUUGGAGAGGUUCCUGGUGUUGAGGUUGGUGACAUGUUCUACUUCAGAAUUGAGAUGUGCCUGGUGGGGUUGAAUAGUCAGAACAUGGCAGGUAUUGAUUAUAUGUCUGCCAAGUUUGGUAAUGAGGAGGAUCCUGUGGCUAUUAGUGUUGUGUCAGCUGGUGUGUAUGAUAAUACCGAAGAUGAUCCAUAUGUUCUAGUUUACACUGGACAGGGCAUGUCUGGUAAAGAUGAUCAAAAACUUGAGAGGGGUAAUCUUGCACUGGAGAGGAGUUUGCAUAGAGGCAAUCCAAUUAGAGUCAUUCGCAGCGUAAGGGAUUUGACUUGUCCAACUAGUAAGAUAUACAUAUAUGACGGCCUUUACAAGAUCAAAGAAGCCUGGGUGGAGAAAGCGAAAUCUGGUUUCAAUGUUUUUAAACACAAGUUGCUCAGGGAACCUGGCCAAGCUGACGGCAUUGCAAUGUGGAAGAAAACUGAAAAAUGGAGGGGAGAUCCAUCAUCUAGAGAUCAUGUUAUCUUAGGCGACAUGUCAUAUGGUGUGGAAAAUAAGCCUGUUUGCCUUGUAAAUGAGGUUGACGAUGAUAAGGGUCCUAGCCAGUUCACCUAUAUGACCAAAUUGAACUGUGGGAACUUGCAGUGCUCGAUGAGAAAGAUGCAAGGAUGCAAAUGUGCAAGUUUAUGCCUCCCUGGUGAUAACAACUGCCCUUGUACACACCAAAAUGCUGGUGCACUUCCUUACAGUGCUUCAGGUAUACUUGUUAGCCGCAUGCCUAUGUUAUACGAGUGUAAUGAUUCCUGCAUUUGUUCAAAUAAUUGCCGGAACCGAGUUGUACAGAAAGGUGCCCGGAUCCAUUUUGAAGUGUUUAAGACAGGAGAUCGUGGUUGGGGUCUUCGUAGUUGGGAUCCAAUUCGAGCUGGAACAUUUAUCUGUGAAUAUGCAGGUGAAAUCAUUGACAAAAAUAGUGUGAAUGGAGAAGAUGACUACAUCUUUGAGACCCCUCCUUCUGAGCCGAGUUUAAGGUGGAACUAUGCACCAGAAUUACUGGGUGAACCUAAUCUUUCUGGCUCAAAUGAGACACCCAAGCAAUUGCCGAUCAUCAUUAGUGCAAAACGAACUGGCAAUGUAGCUCGCUUUAUGAACCACAGCUGCUCGCCUAAUGUCUUUUGGCAACCAGUUUUGUAUGAUCAUGGUGAUGAGGGACAUCCACACAUUGCAUUCUUUGCAAUGAAGCAUAUUCCUCCAAUGACAGAGCUCACAUAUGAUUAUGGUCAGAGCCAAGGUAAUGUUCAACUGGGAUCCAAUUCUGGUUGUCGGAAGUCUAAAAAUUGCUUAUGUCGGUCCCACAAGUGCAGAGGCUCCUUUGGAUAAUCAAUCCUGUAAUGAAUGGAUUUGGUCAUAUUUUGCCAUACAAGGAAACUCAAAUUCCAUUACCAAGGCAAUUAUUAAAAAGCCAUAAGUGUAUAGAUUGUGGAAACAAAAUAUUAAACACUAAAACUGUCAACGCCCCUGAUCAGAAAGGAAACAUGACAAUGUGGCAAAGUCCAACUUAACCAAGACAACGAGCAACUACAGCGAAUAAAUGCUGCUUCUUUAUGUGCCCUGUGUGUUUUCACUCAAGAAACUUGGCCCAUUUAUGGUUCUAUUCUUGUGCUGAUAAAGUGUCCAAUUUGGCAAAAUCUAGGAGUUGGAGAAUCCGAAAUGUAUAUACUGUUGAUUGCUAAUUGUUUCUUAAUACUCAAACUUGAAACAUAGAGUGGUGGUGGGUGUGAGUGUGUUUGGGUCUAUGUAUGACUCCUUUUUCUUCUACUAAUGCAAUGAUAUGCAGCUCUCCUGCGUGUUCGAGAAAAAAAACAUAGAGUAUUCACAAAAGACUCGUUCAGUUUGAUCAAGCCUAGUGUUCGUAGAAGCUCUUUUGCUUAGUUUUGUGACAGUUCAUUAUUUUGUAAUACACCCAAUCUGCUGAAUGGAGUCUCUUCUCAUUUAUUCCAUUUUUCUUAGCACAAUUUUAGGAAGCUGGAUUGACAUGUGAUAGAUGGGCACGCUAGUUAAACUCAGAUCAUUUCUAACCUUAGGAGUAGAGACCAUCGCUGCAAGCCCUUCAACAUUUUUAUUUAACUUAGCACUAUCGAAGCCAUGUACUCCCUCUUUUAUAAAAUGUAAGGUAUGGUUUAACUG